AUGGCCGCCGAUAGCUUCUCCAACAACUACUCUGGCGAGCACCGACGCCAGCCUAUCCUCUCUCAGAGUUCACACAAAUGGAUCUGUACCUUUUGUGUCCUUCAUGCCAGAUUCAGCGAUGUGGGUGCUGCACCUAUGGCUAGACCAAGAAACAGGACCAAGAACGAUGCAUCGAGUUUAUGA